AUGCAUUCCUUCGCAACGCGAGGAGAUGUCGUCGAGAAUUCAAUUUUUGGUACUUUUGGUAUCCUCUUCUAUGCUGCCACUCUUGUCCAAAGCUGGCGUCACUUCAAAGUUGGCCCUGUCAGUGCUGCACAGUGGUACCACCAAAGGGCAUUCCUUUCAGCUCUCAUACCCGCCAUUACCUUCCUUGUUGGUAAUAUUGUGUGCCCAUCAUGGAUUGGCAUUGCACACAGCCGUGGCUUACCAGACACUGCUCCUGGGAUACUAUGGAAAUUCACUGUUGCCAUAUGCUUCGCUCUUUCUGAAACAAUCAAACUCUUUGCGGUUUCAGAUCAAGUUCCCAAGAGAAAGCUCGCUGGUGCCUGCAUUCUGUUUCUCCAAGCGCUGUGGCUUGUCUUUGGCAUCUGGCAGUUGCGUUCCGGGGCGGUCUGGGCCUUUCCGGCCAUUAUUCACGGGUCAUUUGCGGCGAUUCUGCUCUAUCAAAUAAUCGCCCGGAAGUGUCAUGCAUCACACCCCGCACCGCCUCACUCUUAUUUCCUUCGCUUUUUUCUACGUACUUUGAUCGCCACGGCGAGCCUUGCCAUGGGCUGUUACUCAUUUGUGAAAGGACCGCUCAGAUGGCACUUUAGCGUGCAGUGCGCCUUCUCACUGUUUGAGGCUGUUCAGUCACCCGUAUAUGCAGAAAUGCGAUUUAUGAAGGAGAGGUCAGACCGCAAGCGGGCUGCGGCUCUGUCGAAUAAUAAGCAGGAGGCGAUCCGGAAGUUGGUCUUCUCCCGUUAUUUUUCUCCUUGGCGGAACUCCAGUAUAGCAGACUCCGUGGACCGAAGGAGGAGUGACGGUGAAACGGGAGUGGCGGAGGGGGAUCCUGGCGAUCCUGGGAGGAGCGAGGGGUGCGAGCCGCGCCCUGAUAACUUGACCCCGUCAAAGACAGUUUAA